ACCUGCAUGGAAUGGAGGAGCGCUAGAGCAGCACUGUCGCUGUCGUCAGGGUACCCAUCACCACCACCACCACCACCACCACCACCACCACCAUCGCUCUGGACUGCGUGUUAAUGGGAGAGACUCAGAGCAGCUCUGUGAUGCCCGAGGAACCAGCUGUGUGGAACCGGUGCCACCUCUGAUAUGAUGCUGAGAGCAGGAGGGGCAGCAACCUCUCUCGCACUGCUGCUGCUGCUGCCGCUGCUGUGCUGCUGCCACCUGUGCCACUCACUGCGGGUCCCAAAGCUCUCAUCUUAUGCAAAAGCAGAGGACAAGCUGUUCAAAUACCUCUUUGGAAACUACCAGAAAUGGGUUCGUCCAGUGGAAUACCUGAACCAGACCAUCUGUGUGAAGUUUGGACUGGCCAUCUCCCAGUUAGUCGAUGUGGAUGAGAAAAACCAGCUCAUGACAACCAAUGUGUGGAUGAAACAGGAAUGGACUGACAUGAAACUCAGAUGGGACCCUGAUGACUAUCUGGGCAUCACAACUAUCCGAGUCCCGUCUGACAGGCUCUGGCUUCCUGAUGUUGUACUGUAUGACAAUUCAGAUGGGCGUUUUGAAGGAACUGUCACCAAAGCUGUUGUUAAGUAUGAUGGAACCAUAACAUGGACACCACCAGCCAAUUACAAGUCAGCCUGCACCAUCGACGUCACCUUCUUCCCAUUUGACCUCCAGAACUGUUCCAUGAAGUUUGGUUCCUGGACGUAUGAUGGCUCCCAGGUGGACAUCAUUCUAGAGGACUUCCACGUGGACAAGCAGGACUAUUUUGACAACGGUGAAUGGGAGAUAGUAAAGGCCACAGGCAGCCGUGGUCUGAGGACAGACAGCAGCUCUACCUACCCCACCAUCACCUACUUCUUCAUCAUCCGCAGGUUGCCUCUUUUCUACACCCUCUUCCUCAUCAUCCCCUGCAUUGGCCUGUCCUUCCUCACCAUCCUUGUCUUCUACCUGCCCUCCAACGGCGGCGAGAAGAUCUCUCUCUGCACCUCAGUGUUGGUGUCGCUCACCGUUUUCCUCCUGGUCAUCGAGGAGAUCAUCCCGUCCUCCUCGAAGGCUAUCCCUCUCAUCGGGGAGUACCUGGUCUUCACCAUGAUCUUUGUCACGCUCUCCAUCAUUAUCACCGUCUUUGCCAUCAACAUCCACCAUCGCUCCUCUUCUACGCAUCAUGGCAUGGCACCCUGGGUGAGGAAGAUCUUCCUGCAUCGACUGCCUAAGCUGCUGUGCAUGCGCAGCCAUGUGGACCGUUACGCCACAGCUGGAGUAGCCAGGACGGGAGGAGCGGUGGGACUGGGUAUGAUGAAGGACCCGGCACCUGAACUCACCCCCUUACUCUACACAAGACGUCAUUUACAAGCAGCUUUGGAUUCUAUUCGCUACAUAACCAUGCAUGUGGUUAAAGAAAAUGAGGUCAGAGAGGUGGUACAAGACUGGAAGUUUGUAGCCCAGGUUCUGGACCGAAUGUUUCUGUGGGCCUUCCUCCUGGUGUCGAUCCUAGGCUCUGCUCUUCUCUUUAUUCCAGUAAUUUACAAGUGGGCCAACAUCAUCGUCCCUAACCAUGCUGGAAGUUUCCUCUAAGAACAAUAAGAAAAUGGAGUUAAAGCACAUUAAUAGCUCACUAUGGGUCUUCUUUGAGAGACUGAGAUUACCAGUGAGAUAUGGGCCGGCUCUCCCCAGUCCCUCUGUAAACUAUAGCUGUGCCAGAAGCUCAAGCUGCAGAUUUGAGGCCUAACUUGC